AUGAGUCAUCUGGUCCACAAAGAGGAGCUGAGUUGGAGGACUGCCGCACAAGCACCAAUGGAGAGUGUCAGUAUGAGUCAUUUGGUCUGCAAAGAGGAGCCAAGUUGGAGGACUGCUGUAUCAGCAACAAGUCCAAUGACCCUUACCAUUCUUGAUCAGUCCUUGAGCAGUGACCAGGGUAAGAGACAUUACCCUCCUGCAACUCCUAUGAAGGGCAAAAGUGUAUCCUUUGAAUGGUCUCCACCCACACCCACAUUGAUCACUGCUAAAUCCCCCUCUGAAUCAUGGCAUUAUAAUGUGCUGACACCUCUUCCUUUUGGGACUGAAACAGAGGCAGUCCUAGAAGAGCUAGGCUACCCAGAUCAUUUUCAUCAGGUCUGCAUAUCAAUCAGCAAAGAUUACCUUCUGAAGUGGUGGAUUAUGAAAUUGCAGGAGCUUGCUGAGAUUUUGGAGGAGCACAUGGAGGCCAUUGGGAAUGCUAUGUUGACUGAUUCUCAGCCUGUCACCUCAUUCACCGUCAGAAUUACUGUGAUGGUGCUCCCAGCUAAGUGCCUUGAUGAGGACCAAGAAAUUUGGGCUGUUCUGAAUUACAUUCAUGUGAAGGCCACAGAGUUGGCAUUGAAGUUCAAACAACCUCAAUGCCGCUACCUUGAGCAGUUGUCACUCGGUUCCAUUAUCCACCACUGCAAACACAACAAGACAAGUGCCUGGCAUGCCUAUAUGCACUUCAAAGGCAUCAAGAACAAUGCCAACAAAAGUUUCAGUGAGAAGUUGAACAUAGCCAAUCUCAUCAAGGAAAAAACAGAGUACCACUGCCUUACCACUGAGGAGAAGGAACAGCUUAUAAUUGACUUUGAUAAAGUCAAGAAGAGUUCUCAGGAUCAUCCUCCAAAUAUCACCACUAAAUCAUGUGCUGCUGAAUGUUCCCAGAGUUUCCAGUUCAUGAGAGAAGAGCUCAAGGCUCUCAAGGAAUGUGUUGGUGCUGAAGCCUUCAUUGUUAUGGACAUUGCACAAAUGGCAACUGACUUCGAGAGCACUAUACUGGCCAAUGGCCUCAUUAUGAAUACAGCUGCUAAUCAUCGACAGCAUGUUGCUAAUGCAAAGACUGUCAUUCAAAAUGGUCUUCAUGCAUCACUUUGCAAAGUGACAAAUUGUUCAUCUGCAAUAAUGGAAUUCAAAUGCUAUAAUGAUCUUGUCCAGCACUACCAUGUUAAGCUCAUAGGGUGGAACCACCCCUACUGGGCCAAUCCCUCUGACCUGAAAGGUCGCAUCAAGAGCCUCAACAAUGUGGUCCUUGUGGUUCAGGCCAAUACCUAUUUGUGUGGCUUUGUCAGAGCCUUAUGUGCACCCCUCCUCAUUCACAGAUGA